AUGGCGAACCAAGACAUCAACAACUCGCGCUUCACUAAAGAAGCCGCGGAAUGGGAUAACAACAAGAAGCACGUUGAAAGCACGCAAAACGCAUUCGAAGCUAUUCAGCGCUACGUACCUGCAUUUAAAAAUGGAAGCAAUAAAUCUCUCAACGUACUGGAAAUCGGCUCCGGGACCGGCCUCCUCUCCUUCACACUAUCGCCGCACAUCAACACGCUCGUCGGCGUCGACACCGCAGAGGGCAUGAUAUCCGCCUUUAGAACCAAACUCGCGGACGUGGCAAAGCCGAAUCUAUGUACUAUCAAUCACUUUCUAACGGACCCGGAUAGUCCAGAAUUACAGGAUGCGUGCGCCGCUUUACAGCCAGACGCUCGGCGGCCGUUUCGCUUCGAUCUUGUUGUGUCGCAUUUGACGCUGCACCAUAUCCCGUCGAUGCGCGAGAUCUUUGCAUUGAUGUAUCGCUGUUUGAAACCGGGGGGUGUAGUGGCGUUGACGGAUUAUGAGGAUUUUGGGAAGGAAGCGAUUAGGUUCCAUCCCGAGAUUAAGAGGCCAGGUGUUGAGCGGCAUGGGAUUGUCCGAGCUGAAGCACAGGAAUUGUUGGUUGAGACUGGGUUCGGCGAAGUCAGGGUUGAGGAGGCGUUUGUGUUGAAGAAAGAGGUUGAUGAUGAGGAAGGGAUGGAUAAAUUGGAUGGCGAGAUGGCGUUCCCUUUCUUGAUGCUGUAUGGUGUAAAGCGAUGA